AUGAGUUUGUGCCUAGGCAGCAUCACGCCGACCCUGUUCAUGCUCAUCGAGGCCAGGUAUGGCGAGUCCACCGUCCAGAACUACGACGCGCUUCUGCGCAACAAGCCUACCGCCUCAAGACUCGGUAUCUCUUGGAGGGUCACUCUCAGUCUCAUGUUGGCGCUUCCUAUUGCUCUCAGUGUCGCGUACAAGACAUUCACUGGCGGCGAGAGUAAGAUGAAGAUCAACAGCUUUGACUACAUCUCCAACAAGACCUACUACGGCAUGUUCCAGCCGCCCGGCAUACUCUCGUUCCACGGGGCCUCUGGGUUUUUCAACGCAACCACGGCGUUUCGGGAAGCCACGAAGCUGAACUCAAACGGUUCUGAGCCAUCUUUGCCACCGCUUCCGCACGCAUAUGGCUACAAUAUUCUGCUGACUAUGUAA